GUUGUCAUUAACUGUUGCCAUUAGUAACCAAUAACAAAGUCUAAAUUCUGAAAGGAAAAUACAGUUGUAUAUUUACAUAAUAUAAUUUGGUCUACCGCAAAUCAAUUAAUAAAUAAAUUGUGGCAUUGAGGAAUACCUUACUCUAGUCAGAAUGCCAUCAUACGAAGCUCCAUGUGUUGAACUUGGGAGUGCACCACAGACCCCAAGCGUGGUGGCGUCGCCAUCCCCAUCAGAAAUUUCUAGCGCAAGUUCUCCUGAACCACAAAACAUUCGAGCAACUCCGUUGUUUAGAGCUUUAGCAAUGACUCCACCCGAGCCUGAACAACCUCCUGGCCAGGAAGAGUUGGAGAGACGCCUGCCUGGCUACCGCCGCAUUGUUAUUCCCCGAGAGUUGACGUUGAUUGAACUAUUGAAACAAAGCAGUGGUGUGGUCACAGACGAAGAAGUUCUACAAAUUCGCGAAGCAAAACUUCGUGUCGUUGCAGAACGAGUCGGCUUACGCAGACUAAAUGUUCUCGCACCGAGACUUCGUUCAUUAACUCUUGAUGGGAGCGUUUUAUCUUCAUUGAGAGAUCUCGGUAUUGGGUUAGUUCACCUUAAGACACUGAGUAUAAAUCGGUGUGGAUUAAACAGUUUGGAUGGCGUCUGGGGUUUGGGGGCACUGCGCGAAUUGCAUGCCGCUGGCAAUCGUCUUCAAGAUCUGCAACCGCUUGCAGCACUACAAAAGUUGCAGACGCUCAAUUUGGCAGAUAAUCCUAUAUCGGAGAACGGUCGUCUGUGGACCCUUGGCGUGUGUGGCUCCCUCCGUCGACUCACACUCCGUGGAACUCCUAUGGAAGACUCGUUGCACUAUCGGUCCAGAGUUGCAUCUGCUUUGCCCAUGCUGGUAUACUUAGACGAUCGGCCGCUGCAUGUCGACAUUCAAUAUGAUUCUGACGAAAUUUUCGACAUCGCAUCCCUUUCCGAUUCUGAUAAAAGUGAUGCAGAGGAUGAAGCAAACGCGAAGCCUGAAGCGAUCGACUCUACACCCAUAGAACCAGAACCGGGGCCGUCGAGUCGCGAUCAGCUUGAAAAUUCUUACAAUCCAGAAGAAGACAAAGAAGUUGAGAAUACUACUAGAGUCCGGUUAUGUAGACGUCGACCAGCAACCACAGAGGGCGUGGGUUCGCGACCGCAGCGACCAGAGCUUCCACCGCGACCACGCACCGCUGUCGACCGACCAAACAUUGAGGAACCAACCAGACUUCAAAUAUUAAACACGCUAAUGGAUGAAGAAUGGCGCUGUAGUGGUAGCAAGCUAACAUCGUGUGGUGCUGUGUGUGGGAAUUUGGCGCGAGCCCUGAGACGUCCAACUGCUUAUUUCCAACGACGAAGCUUGGAGGCUGAGAAGGAGUUGGUUGAACAGACGAUGCAGGAUGCAACGCGGGCGUUGGCUGCAGAAAUACCGAGAGCUCCGCGGCUUGAAGAUUGGGCCAAGUUCAAACAGGAGACCGGGAUCGAUAUUGACAUUGACUUCAGUAGAACAUCAGCUGAUGUUGAUUCUUCACAAUUCAUCGAACGUUUAGAGCAAAUAGAAAAAGAAACGUCGGAAAGAUUAAAACACGGAGACAAUAAUGAUCAAGCGUCUAUCGCCAAUUUGCCUAAUGCAGCGAGUAUUUUUACCGACUGCACCAUGGCGUCAAUGAGUGAGUUAGAUAUAUGGCGAGCAGAACUUCCAACUUCCAGUACAAGAGAUUUAUUCACAUUGUUCAAUGAUUUGGAUAACGUGUGGUUAGGAAAUAAUGCUAAGAGAUAUGCUGACAACGAUGAUUCACAAGUUGACUAAACUUUCACAUUAGCAACAAGUCGUGAAAAUGGUGAUGUAAAGGUUUAAGGUUUGUAUGGAAAGUCUACGAGAUAUCAGUUUUUUAUUAUGAGUACGUACAAACGAAUGUGAUUUGAUGUCAAUGCCUUACUUGUUACGGAGAUAUCCUGAUUUUAGUAUUAUUUUACCAAUUUUCUAGGAAGAGAAGAGGCUUAAAGCAACUUUUAGCUUAGUUGAAAAACGUUUUGUAAUACCAAUGACUAUGAUAUUGUAUUAAUAUACACACCUUUGAUGUAAUAUUUUAUUGUGAUGUAACGUUUACAAUGUCUAUACGCAUUGUCAUAAUUAGUUGCUAUUGUCGAACAGGCUUCAUAAGUACUACGCGCGAAAUACAAUGCAUUUAAAUUUUAAUGUCAAAGAUACCUAACAACCGAUUCUUAGAAAUUUGUAUUUUUUAGUAGUAAAAUGUUGUGUUUAAAAUGUUUAUGUAAUGUUAAACGUGCUCUGUUUGUAUGAUGGUAGUAGCUUUAAAUAUACUGUAGAACUAUGGUUAUAUGCAUUUUUA